GGCCAUACUGGGAUUUUAUUGUCAAAUUGAGAGUUUGAUAUUUAGUUUUCGCGAAAAAGUGAAUAUCUUGGAAUAGAAAACCAAAUCCUACAAUAGGAUAGGAGAUUGAAUAAAUUGAAUUGAAUUGAAUUGAAUUGAAAAUGACCAGACACGCCAGGAAUUGCACUGCAGGAGCAGUGUACACGUACCACGAGAAGAAGAAGGACGCCCAGACAUCCGGAUAUGGCACAAACAGCCAGAGACUCGGAAAGGAUUCCAUCAAGAACUUCGAUUGCUGCUCUCUGUCCUUGCAGCCUUGCAGGAUUCCUGUCAUCACCAAGGACGGACACUUAUUUGACAAGGAGGCAAUUCUUCAGUACAUCAUCACGAAGAAGAAUGAGUACAGCCGGAAAUUGAAAGAGUUCGAGAAGCAGCGCAAAGAGGAAGAAGCUGAAAAAGAAGAAGACGCUGCCAGUGAGCAAAGGAAGCUCCUGGAGAAGUUCAUCAAGACAGAAACGAAAAUUGUCAGUGAAACCGUGCUGGAUGCACCAUCCACGAGCACUGCAGCCAAGGCUACUACAUCUUCCUCCAUUUCGAACAUGGUUAAUGGACGGGACAAGCAAUUGCCCAGCUUCUGGCUACCAUCCCAGGCUCCCACAGCCAAAGCAUCUAAAAUUGCGAAGCCCGACAGUACGAUUUACUGUCCAGUUUCCGGAAAGCCCAUAAAGGCUAAAGAUCUCAUUGAUGUAAAAUUCACUCCUGUCCAGGAUCCAGAUGACAAAAAAUCUCUCAUCACCAAGGAGAGUCGCUACAUGUGUCCAAUAACUCAUGAUAUUCUCAGCAAUUCUGUCCCAUGUGCAGUCCUUCGACCCACAGGUGACGUGGUCACAAUGGAGUGUGUGGAAAAAUUCAUCAAAAAGGACAUGAUUCAUCCUUUGACUAAUCAGAAACUCACAGAAAAGGAUAUCAUUCCCCUUCAGCGAGGAGGGACAGGAUAUUCCAUGACAAAUGAGAAUCUCGAAGGGAAAGAGAAGCGUCCUGCACUUCAAGCUUAAAAUCGUGCUUUUUGUAAGCUUUAUGGUGCUAUUGCAAUGAAAAAUGAACAGACUUUUUAGCACAUGAUUGUCCUAAAGUGCUUCUGCAAUAUCGACUUUUCCUUGGCUUGGUUCCUGCCAAGACUGUUUGGUGAUUUUAGAAGACAACAAGAACUAGGGAAAACAUUCGAGACAGGAACCAACAUAAAGAAAAGUCGAUAAUGCAGAAGCACUUAAGAACAGCCAUUUGCUAAAAAAAAAUGUUAAAUUUUCAUUAGAAUAACAUUAUAAAUCAUCCAUAUAAUUAUUAAAAAAAAAAUAAUAUAAAAAAUAAAAACAUUAGAUCCCUUA